CAUCGAUCCCCGCUUCCCCGGAUCCUGCCACGACUCAUACUCCGGAGGCACUCACCACUCUUAGGUCGCCUGGCCACUAACUUUCGACGUGGCGAAUGCGUGCUUGGAGACUCGGGCUACCCCCUUGAGCCGUGGCUGCUGACACUUGUUCCAGGCCAUCCAGGCACCCACACGCCCGAGGGGCGCUACAACCUGGCCCAUGCCUCCAUGAGGAAUGUUGUGGAAAGGGGCAUUGGCGUCUUGAAGGCAAGGUUCCGGUGCCUUCAAAGGCAGCGGACCCUACGGUACCAGCCUAAGGAAGCAGCCACAAUUGUGGCAGCUUGCGCCACUCUCCGCAACAUUGCUUUGAAGGCAGGGGAGCCGGAGCUGCAAGACAGCGACGAUGAGGAGGCCGAGAAGAACCAGCCGCUGCAGCAAGGACGAGUGAGACAGGGCGCGCCUGUAUCGCAAGGACCACACACUUGCCGCCAGGAAACACCCAGAGAGUUGCUCCUGAGGGCAAAGCAGUUGAGGAGCCAGGUGAUCAACCUGUUCUUUGUGGCCCCUACCUGGCGUACAACUCAUUUACGUGCGCUACACCGCCGGCUCAGGCAGCAACAGCAGGUUUCUCGUCCAGCACAACCAUAAAGACAGGUGAGUUCUGUGACAUAUGCGUGGAAAAACAAGCCUAAUAAUGCUUUUGAAAUUAAUUGAAAAGGUGAACCUUCGAAUAGCAGGAUUGAAUUGAAAUUGUUCAUGUGUUAAGCAUUUUCAGAAAUAUUUCUAUUGAUUAUUACUGAAUUCCCCACUGGGGAUUUUUACAGGGCGUGUUACACCGACAGAAGGUUUAGAAACAAUGGAAGACAUGUCAAAGAAGACGUGUUGUUGGGCAGGUUGCUUCGUGAUGCGAAUUCAAAUUCAAGAAGAAAACAAACAAUAGCACAAGUGGUCU